CAGCCCAGAGCAGACAGGAAAUGUGAUGUGCUGCACUUCAGAGAAUUCUAUUUCUGUAUGGAAAAGAGAAAGGGGUGUGAGGACACGUUUGCAGGUCCGUGUCUAUCUGUGAACCGGGCAACCAUCAGGCUGUAGAUUUGCAUUUGUACAUCUGCCUUGGCUUGGAAUGUGAAGGCAAAGAAAAGGGCUAUCUGUCUGCAAAGCCUUUUCGAUACUUUGGGGCCUUGUCUCAGUCUGACAAGGCAGGCAAGCAGCAGCUUCCUGUGCACAGGUGAGAGGGAGAAGACAGAGACCAUGCGCGUAAAAGAGAAACAGCUUUGGACCAGAACUGCUGGGCUGUAGUCAUCUUUUCUCUCGUGGACAUGCACUGAGCCAGGACAUCUGCCUUCAUCACUCUCCCUUUUUCCCCUCACCCUUCCCCUCACCAUUUGACAUUCAGCACCUGCCGCCAUCCAGCCUCACAGGGACUCCCUUCAUCUGGAUGCUCAGUGCCUGGAGCUGGAAGGAAUUGGUAUUAAGCUCACGCCGGCCCUUUAUAAACCCUCUCUUCACACCCCUCUGGCAGUCCCGGCAAGGUCCAGUGGAGCUUCCAUCUAGUUUUCCUCAGGUCAGCCUGAGCUCCAGGGUUGGUGAGAGUGUGUUGCCAGUACUGAUGAAGCCCUCAUUGCUGCUUCUGUCUCACCUCUGCCUGCUCAGCCUCAUGCCUCCCUCGUGGGCAUCAGACUCAGCACAAGGUACCUCCAGCCUCACUUGUUGGUAUGACUCACGGGCAGCUCUCUUCUGUGACUGGGACCCGGGCAGGGACCUGGCUGAAGCACCAUGUCAGCUGGAGAUUUUAUCAAAGAAAGGCUUUUGUGACAGCUCACUGGAGUUCUAUCCCUCACCUGCAAAACGCAAGAAGCACUGCAAAUUACCCAAGGCAGAGCAUAUGACAGGACUGAGGAAAUGCAUCAAAACCUUCAACCAAAAUGUUAAUAAAUUAUCAAUACCACUUUCCAGAUCAUUAGCUGCUGUGAAGCGUGGUGUGAAUUUGUCUAGUGCAAAAUGCAACAGCAACACAUCAUUGGAGCUAAUGAAUCAGUGCUUCACCGUUUCAGACCGUCUUAACUUGUCUGUCCAUUGCCACACUGGAAAGAAUAAAACCAAAAUACCUGAGCAAAUAAAAAACUUCAAUCCAUUUACAAAUAUAAAGCUGAGGCCUCCAGGAGACCUUCAGCUGGUUAACAUAACUGAAAACACCUCCAACCUAACAUGGAGCCUGAAUAUUUCCUCUCACUAUUUGGAUGGGAUGCGGGAGUACCAAGUGCGGUACCGACACAUGAGUCAGUCCUGGGAGGAGGCUGCGAACUUGCCCAUUGAACAGGACCAGAUGUGGGCAAAUUUUGAGAGACUCUCACCCGACUCUAAAUAUGAAGCAGCUGUCCGUGCAAGGCCAAGUGCCAGAAGCAACUACAAAGGCGUGUGGAGUGAUUGGAGCAAGCCAGUCCUGUGGACGACACAUGCUGACCAUAAGGGAACAUCCCAGCCAGUUCUGCCAGUUCUGAUAGUGAGCACUUUCAUCUUUGUGAUCAUUGGGACUGCCUUCCUCAUUAAUUUACGGACCCUGAAAUGGUUUAAGAAGAUACUGAAGAUUCACAUCCCAGACCCUGAGAAGUUUUUUCCCCCGCUUAUUUCGGUUCACGGAGGUGACAUUCAGAAAUGGCUCUCCUCCCCAUUCUCCACAUCUUCCUACUGCGUGAACAGCACAAUCCCUGAGAUCUCCAUGCUCGAGGUGAUGCAGAAGAAUGACCAGGAAUCCCGGUUCCUACUUUCCAAGGGAACCCUGACUCCUGAUCCUCCCAUAGAAACCAGUGUGCACUCUGGAUCCAGCUGCUUCACCAACCAAGGCUACUUCUUCUUCCACCUUUCCAACUCCUUUGAGAUCGAGCCCUGUCAGGUCUACUUCACCUACGAGCCUUUCAGCCAGGAGGGCAGUGGCAGCAAGGAUGGCGACUGUUACCAGGCUCUCCCCUCUCCAGACCUCUGCACAUUGGCAGAGGACAUCAAUAUGUUGCCCAACAACUUCUUUCACUGCAUCGAGGCAACCCAGGGCUCCCAAAAGAGCUCCUUCAUGGAAGAGACAGCAGGUGAAGCCCAACAGGCCAUGGCUGUUCCUGGAGCUCUCCAGUCGAGUGAAGGCUCUUCACCAACACCAGUUCUGGAACAGGAUGAGAAGGUGAUGGACAAAGCAGUUUCACAACCGGCUGAGGCCAUGUGCCAGCUGGACACUGACUUUCCUGACCCACUGGACCUGCAGGACAGUGACACUGUCAGUGUAACAGAGGGGAGUGGGAAGGGGGGCCCUCCAACUGACCCCUGCACACCAGCAGCAAUUGCUGCCUGUUCCUUCUCCCAGCCUCCACCUCUGUCACAAAGACAGGAUGAGGAGCCAUGCAAAACAGCCUUCUCCAGCCAGGUCCCAAACACUGGUGCCUACCUUUCUCUGAGGGACCUUCAAAGCCAGUACAGCCAUUGCUCUGUCUAGGAUCUGCCUGGAGGAGACCCACAGGUGGGAAAGGCCACCUCUGCAGGGAAGGCUAGAUGGACAGUUUCUCUCCUCAGGACAUGAAUGUAACUUCAGCAUCAAUCCCAUCGGGACUGCUCACUAAUGAGGCUGGAGAACACAGGCAAACAAGGACUUACCUUCACAAUCAAAUCUGUUUUUCUGUUAAUACUGGCUCCGAUGGCGUAGAAACUCCUCACAGUUCUCAAGUGACAUUCCAAAUCUCACCAAUUCAUUUUUCCUUUCCCAGCUCCUGGUAGGAGACUGUGCCCGCACUUCCAUGCUCUGCAUUUUGGUGUAAAAUAGCACUCAGCUUUGAGGCUGAGCAGGCAUAUGAUCAGUUUGCCUCAUACUGGCCUAAAAACCUCUAAUGGGACAGAGAAAUGCCUGAAGAUGUGGAUCUUAGAUUUUAUACAGGGGCCAAUAGCGCUGCCAGUCAGUGCUGGGGUUGAUGAUGAAAUGGAUGAAGACAUCUCCUCCUGACUGACCAAGGCUGUGAUUUUUUUCUGUGAUGUCCUCACUUUAAGUUUUAAUCAGAGAUUACAUUCUAAGCUAUUUGGUCCAGCUUUAGACUUUAGAGUCUAGACCUUGGAGUCUCUAAGGUUGGCUCAGAGCCACAACUGCAUCAGCUGUCUAAGCAAUGCAGUGUAAAAAAAGAAAUCCCCAUUAUUGAGUUAAAAAUACUGGGGAAAUCCCCUCCCUCUCUUUCUUUCCUCCAGCUCUGAUGGUGGCAGUAAAAAGAACUCACACAGUUUCCCAUUCUUGCUACAAUAUUUUUCAUGAAAUCGAAAGCCUUUCUGCCCUGCUGGCAAACUACAGUUAUUUGACUAUGAUAAGCUGAUUGCAGAAUAGUUCAUCCCACAUCCUGUAUAAGUGGAAAACAUCACAGCAGUGCUGCCCAUUCCUUCCACUGCUGAAGGGAAACCAUUGCCUAAUUAGCAGCAAAGAUGUGGUGAAGGAGCCCAGAAAACUAACACACAAAUCAACACCUUUACUGAAAAGAAAACCUCAAUCCAUUUGCAAAGAAUGGGGAUAGCACAGACUUCGUUUUUCUUUUUCCUCUACAUGCCCUGAUCUGGCUUAGAAAAAGCCACAGAAGAAAAAUGGUAAGGCAAAGGAAGAUCUCUGCAUUCACCAUUUGUACCAUCUGUCCAUUUUCUUGCUGUAUUUCUGGACUUUUCAGCAAUGGGGAAAUACCAGCCAUGUGCUAAGAGUUCUUCUUAUCUCUUAAAAACUCUUCUAAGGGAAUUUAUACCAAAAAGUUCAAGGAUAUUGAACUUGUUAACGCUUCUGUCACAGCUCUGAGUGUCAACUAGAACUAAUUCUUUCCUAUCUCUAUCUGUCCAAGCAUUGAGAUUCCUGCCCCUACACUGUUACCUGACUUUGCAGUAUGCAUCCUGAAUGUCAUUAUGAGUCCCAGGUGCAUGGUCACCCACUGGCUUGGAUUGUGCUUGAAAAGGGCUGUUCAGAGGAGUUAAGGCUACUUGUUGCUGGGAAGGCUUCGGGAACUAUUCCUCUUCUAUCAUCAUUCCUUCACCAUCUGUCUCAAGACACGGACUGCUCCAUUGUGUCCAGGAGAAAACAGGAGACACAGCCUCCUAGAUACCGAAGAACAAGGCUUUCCCAGCUGCUUCUUGUACUUUGAGAAUCUUCCCAGAUGGGCUUUGAAAAUCUUCCCAGAGACACUGACUCCCUUGCCUCUGAUGGGCAGUUUGCUAUCUUACAUGGGAAAAGGAUCCAAGCUGCACUGUCCCCAUGUAGACUUUUUUAAGGUAUUCUAUUUUUCUUCAUAGAAUCAUUAAGGUUGGAAAAGACCUUCAAGAUUAUCUACUCCAUAUUUUGACUGAAUACUACCAUGCUCACUAAACUAUAUUGCAAAGUGCCACAUUUACUUGUUUUCUGAACACUUCCAAAGAUGUCUCCAGCAACUUUCCUGGAGAGCCUAUUCCAAUGUUUAACCACUCUUUCAGUGAAGAAAUUUUUCCUGAUAUCCAACUUGAACCUCCCCUAGUGCAAUUUGAAGUAUUUUCCUCUUGAUCUAUCAUUUGUUAUCUGGAAGAAGAGACUCACCUCUACCUUGCCACAACUUCCUCUCAGAGAGUUGUAGAGAGCAAUGAGGUUACCCUUGAGCCUUCUUUUCUCCAAGCCAAACAGCCCCAACAAUCCCUCAGCUUGUGCUCCAGACCCUUCACCAUCUCUAUUGCCCUUCUCUGGACAUGCUCCAGCACCUCAAUGUCCUUCCUGUAUUGAGCAUCCCAAAACUGAAUACAGAGUUUGAGGUGUGGCCUCUGUCCAGGGGGAUGAUCCCUUUCCUGGCCCUGCUGGCCACACUAUUCCUGAUACAAGCCAGGAUGUCAUCAGCCUUCUUGGACCUCUGGGCACACCUGGCUCAUUUUCAGCCAAUGUCAACCAGCACCCCCAGGUCCUUUCCCACUGAGCAUCUUCUCAGCCACUCCUCCCCCCAUCUGCAGCACUGCAUGGUGCUGUUGCAACCCUGUUGCUGACAGGACCUGGCACCUUGUUGAACCUCAUACCAUUGGCCUUGGCUCAUCAAUCCAGCCCAUCCAGACCCCUCUGCACAGCCUUCCUACCCUGCAGCAGAUCAACACUUCUAUCCAGAUUGGUUCAUCUGCAAACUGACUAAAGGGGAGCCCUUGAUCCUGUCAUCUAGCUGCCAACUGGAUUUAACUCCAGUCACCAACUCUUUGGGUUUGGCCAUCCAGCCAGUGUUUUACCCAGCAAAAAAUACACACAUCCAUGCCAUGGACUCAUGGACCAGUUUCUCCAGGACAAUGCUGUGGUAAGAUAGUGUAAAAGGUUUUACUAAAGAUUAGGUAGACAACAUCCACAGCCUUUCCCUCUUCCAUUAAGUCAAAUUCACCCUGUCAAAGAAGGAGAACAGGCUGGUCAAGCUGGACAAGCCUUUCCUAAACCCAUGCUGGCUGGGCUUGAUCCCUUUGUUGUUCUGCAGCUGCCAUGUGAUGGCACUCAAGGUGACCUGUGCCAUGAUCUUCUGUGGCACUGAGGUCAGGUUGACGGGCCUGUAGUUCUCAGAUCCUCCUUCCAGCCCUUUUUGUAGAUGGGUAUCACACUGGCUAACCUCCAGUCACCUGGGACCUCUCUGGCUAGCCAGGACUGCUGAUAAAUGAUGGAAAGUGGCUUGGUGAGCUCUUCUGCCAGUUUUCUCAGUGCCCUUGGGUGGACCCCCUCCAGCCCAAAAAUUUGGGAGUGUCUGAGUGGCACAGCUGGUCACUAACUACUUCCUGCUGGAUUACAGGGGGUUUAUUCUGCUCCCUGUCUUUGUCUUCUGGCUCCGGGGGGUGGGUACCCUGGGGACAUCUGGUCCUUCUGUUAGAAACUGAGGCAAAGAAGGCAUUAAGUAGCUCAACCUCAUCUUUAAUGACGAUAUUUCCCUGCCAAGUCAAAUAAAGGAUGGAGCUUCUCCUUGACCCUCUUUUUGUCAUUAAUGUAUUUGUUAUUUUUUAUAACAGUAGCUAGAUUGAGUUCUAGCUGGACUUUCUCCCUUCUAAUUUUCUCUCUGCAUGACCAGACUAUGUACCCGUACUCUUACUGAGUACAUCUUGCUGCUAAGAUGAUUACAAAAAAUCAGGUUUGCUUCUUUGUAAAUAAACAAAAUAUUAAAUAAUCUACAGUGUUUUUCUGUUCUUUGGGUGAGGGGAAAUGAUUAACAACUUUUCUAUACAAGGAACUAGGUGAAGUUUUGCUCAGGCUA